AUGACUACACAUAACCCCCCCCCCCUCCUGUCCUGUAUACAUCUCCCACCCAGCCUCCAGUCAUGUGGAUCUAUAAACAAGUCCUCCAGGAGGGGGGAGUACCAGUGCUAAUAAACGUUCUGUCAUGUGUGUAGCAGCCCCUGCCAUGGCUGGCAGCUGUUCCUGCGUCAGUGGAGAUGGUGCCCGUCCUGGACAUGUACAAUGACAGCAUUAAUGUCAGCCUGGAGGACAGCAGCGGGGGCUCCUCACCCAUGGCCGGGCUGAGCAGGACAGCGCACACCGUGGUGGCAGUGUGCCUGGGCUGCAUACUGCUGCUGGGAUCCGUCUACAAUGCUCUGGUGCUGCUCAUCUUUGCCAAGUUUGCGGCGGUGCGGACCCCCAUCAACAUGAUCCUGCUGAACAUCAGCGUCAGCGACCUGCUCGUCUGCGUCUUCGGCACCCCCUUCAGCUUCGCCGCCAGUGUGUCCGGGGAGUGGGUGAUUGGGCAGCAGGGCUGCAAGUGGUACGGCUUCUGCAACUCCCUGUUCGGCAUUGUGUCCCUGGUUUCUCUAUCCAUGUUAUCAUAUGAACGCUACCUUACAGUGCUGAAAUGCACAAAGGCUGAUGCCUCCAACUACAGAAAUGCCUGCAUUUGUAUUGUUGGAUCCUGGAUCUACUCUCUGUUAUGGACAAUACCACCUCUUAUUGGCUGGAGCAGUUAUGGUCUUGAAAGCUCAGGAACCACCUGUUCCGUGGUCUGGCACUCAAGAUCACACAACAACGUGUCGUACAUUUUGUGCCUCUUCCUGUUUUGUCUGGUCCUACCUUUGCUCAUCAUGAUAUUUAGCUAUGGACACAUUGUCAGAGUAAUCCGAGGGAUGUGCAGGAUUAACCUAACAACAGCCCAGAGGAGAGAACACCACUUAUUAUUUAUGAUUCUAUGCAUGAUCACCUGCUAUCUAUUCUGUUGGAUGCCUUAUGGAUUAAUCUCUUUGAUUACAACAUUUGGAAAACCUGGAAUAAUCUCUCCCACAAUCAGCAUCAUACCAUCAAUUCUGGCGAAGAGCAGCACCUUUAUUAAUCCUCUAAUUUAUAUAUUUAUGAAUAGACAGUUUUACAGGUGCUUCAUUGCCCUCCUGAAAUGUGAGUCGGAACCACAUGACAUGGACAUGACAUUUAAUUCACGACACAGCAAAGAGCUACAGGAUAAAGAAGACGGCAAGAACCAAAGCAGCUUUCACCAAGCACUGCAGGGAGAAGGAACGUCUUCUAAUAGGAAGGAAAAUAAGUUGACACUUGUAGUUCAUUACAUAGAUUACAGAUGAGCUUUAAUGUGAAAGCACCAGCUAGUUAAUAAUAAAAUCAAAAGAAAUACAUGAAAAAAGGAUCCAGCGGAGUUUGGAAGGAAAAUGUGUGACUUGAGUGGGUACUUGGGAGCACUUGUUGCAUCACAGUGGGACCAUUAUCAUUACUGAAUGGCAGGAGUUUGAUGUGUAUUGUAAUUAUUGCCGCAAAGAUGGUUAUUAUUUCUAUCAAACAUUGCAAAAGUGACGUGUACCAUCUCUAAAAUGUAGAAGAUACAUCGCUAAAGCAACUAAAAAACAAUUCAACA